AUGCCCUCAUCGUCCUCCUCUGCUCGCUCGCCAUUCUCUUCGCCAAAUGAACAUCUCGACACUGCCAAUAGGAUUGUUGCCCUUUUAGCGAAUAUCAUAGGAGCAGCUGAGUCUGUACUGAGGGUUGCAGCCAUAGGACCUGACAAGAGGCAUCUUGCGGUGGCUGGCCUCUUGUCUCACAGGCCAUCAUAUGUUAUUAAAGCAGUCUGCUUGAAGAACAAAUCUUGGCUGUGCUAG